AUGCGUCAAAGAGUCCAGCUGCAUCUGGAAGCAAAACCCCAGCCAGCUUCAUUUCAGUUUCACAAAAGGUACAGAAGGAGGGUAAAACAGGCAGCUCAAUCCACAAACCAAUUUGAAAUCACAAUGAACCCAGUGUACAGCCCUACACCAACAGGGGUCCCCUUUACCAAUACCAAAGGCAUAGGGUAUCCAGCUGGAUUCCCUGUUGGGUAUGCAGCACCUCCCACAUAUACUCCUGGUGUCUAUCCUGGUGCCAAUCCAGCAUUUCCCAGUGGAUACUCUCCAGGCACUCCUUUUAAAAUGACUUGUUCUCCAAACACUGGGGCCGUGCCGCCUUAUACGUCUACACCAAACCCUUAUCAGGCUGCAAUGUAUCCUGUCAGGAGCACCUACCCCCAACAGAACCCAUACGCACAGGCACUAAUACCAUCACAGCAACAAGGCACUUAUUACACACAGCCACUUUACCAUGGGGAUGGUAGCAGGCACAACUAUGGCCAUGUCAGCAGGAACAUUGUUGACUACUCCUUCACCAGCGCCUGUUGCACCCCACCCAAUGCAAACCUACCGGCCUCCUGGGACCCCCAGCUACAGCUAUGUGCCCCCACAGUGGUGAAGGGGUAG